GCGUGCUGGGCCAAGAUGGCGGCCGGUACCUCCGCGCGCUGGCUGGGGGCUGCCGCCGCCGUCGUGAGGAGCCGCGGGCCGCGGGACCCCGGGCGGCUGCCGCUCGUCUGGCUUCUGCGGGGGCUCCGCACCACCCCACGGCCUGCUGCCCGCCGUCUUCUCCUGCCGCUCUGCGCCGCGGGGACGAGCCGCGCCGCCGCCGCCUUCCACAGCAGCACCGCGGCCCGCGCCAAGGAGGACUAUUACCAGGUGUUAGGGGUGCCCCGCACCGCCACUCAGAAGGAGAUCAAGAAGGCGUACUACCAGCUGGCAAAGAAAUACCACCCUGAUACAAACAAGGAUGACCCGAAAGCUAAAGAGAAGUUUGCUCAGUUGGCAGAAGCCUACGAGGUGUUAAGUGAUGAAGUGAAGCGGAAGCAGUACGAUGCAUAUGGCACAGCCAGUUUUGACCCUGGAGCGACGGGUGCUGGCACAGGGCGGCAGUACUGGAGCAGUGGUCCCUCCAUCGAUCCUGAGGAGCUCUUCAGGAAAAUCUUUGGAGAGUUUUCAGGAUCCCCUUUUGGUGAUUUUCAGAAUGUCUUUGACCAGCCGCAGGAGUAUAUCAUGGAGCUGACAUUCACCCAAGCUGCAAAAGGUGUUAAUAAGGAGAUUGUGGUGAACAUCAAUGACUCCUGUGAGCGAUGCCAUGGGAAAGGACAUGAACCUGGUACCAAAGCACAGCGCUGUCACUACUGCAAUGGCACUGGCAUGGAAACAAUAAACACCGGCCCUUUUGUAAUGCGAUCUACGUGCCGACGGUGCGGCGGUCGCGGUUCCAUCAUAACCACACCAUGUGUAGUAUGUCGAGGAACAGGGCAAACCAAACAGAAGAAGACAGUGAUGGUCCCUGUGCCAGCUGGCGUUGAGGAUGGGCAGACAGUGCGGAUGCCUGUGGGGAAGAAAGAAAUCUUCAUUACGUUCAGGGUUCAGAAAAGUUCUGUGUUCAGAAGAAAUGGAGCGGAUAUCCAUUCGGAACUCCUCAUUUCAGUAGCACAGGCUGUGCUGGGAGGUACAGCCAGAUGUCAAGGCUUGUAUGAGACAAUCAAUAUCACAAUACCCCCUGGUAUUCAGCCAGACCAGAGAAUUCGAAUGAGUGGGAAAGGCAUUCCCAAGGUUAACAGUUAUGGCUACGGAGACCACUACAUUCACAUAAAGAUAAAAGUUCCUCAGAGGCUGACAGAUCGCCAGCGAGCCUUAAUGAUGAGCUACGCCGAGGAUGAGGCAGAUGUGGAGGGCACAGUGAACGGGGUCACAAACACAGCGUCAGGGAAGCGUUCUACUGGAAGCUAAGAGCCAGCAGCAAAUCAUCUUUGCAGUUGGGGAUGAGUCCUUCUGGCAGCGGGCUCUGGAGAGCAAAGGGUGUCAGCGGCACAGUGAGAAUCCCAGCUGGAGAGGUGACACACCACUGAGGCACCAACAGCCAUUGUGAUAGAAAUCCCACCCACCAUCCCAGGACAUGGUAAUGAAGGAAAAUACCACCUUUGCAGAAAUGCAGUGCUCUCUAGGAGGUUGCUCCACAGUCCCCACUGCUGCUGGAAGCCUGUCUGGUAAAAAUUAACAUUGAAAUAUUAUUUAGAAUCCAAACUGGUGGAAAUGUGAAAUAAAAAUUGUGUCCUUCCUGCAGAGAGCAGAGCAGUUUGCUGUAGGGAGCCCUGAAUGGCUGCUGCUCACUCAGGUGCACUGCUGAAUGCUCCACUUGUUUGGAGAGCUUAGUGCUACUUCUCCCAGGAGACUUGGUGGGUCGGCAAGGUUUAAUCCUGUCUUCAUGACAGCCCUGCUCCUUGUCUCACACAGUUCUCGGAGCAGGAUAUCCCUGGGGCUGGUCGGAGCUCUGCUGCCCUGACUCCCUUAGCAGCUGGGGGGAGGGAGGGGGGGGUUGACCUGCUGAUUUCCUGGACAAAGAGUGGGGACGGAAUCUGCCCUUUGCCUCAAGUUCCCUCCCUCAGUAACUAAAGUACUACACAACCGCUGUCACUUCUGAAGGGGUGCGAGUUUAUCGCUGAGCCCUUUGCCAGUUUGGGACAAAGUCUUUUAUUACAUUAGCACAACCCCCAUAACGUAAAUGAUUGGUCAAAGAGUCGUUGUUCCUACGUGUGUGAAUGCAAGUGAAGUGGAUCGCUCCUUCCAGGUGGUGGAGCUCCCGCAGUGAGUGUUUUCAUGGUUGCUGUAGCUCGCUGUUGUUAGUUACACCCUGCAGCUACCACCAGCCCACAUACUAAUUGACCACUUAAACAAGGACAUGUCAUAGUCUUGCCCAUCUUAAUUUGCUGAAAUAAAGCACGCGUUGCCUCCUGAUUAAAGUGUCUGUAAAGCGAUUCUGUAUCCAUGUAAAUAAGAUUGACUUCAUAAAGAUAUUUAACACCU